AUGGGGAGAAUUAAGAAGGUAGCCAGCCAAAAGCAUGAGGCUACAAUCUCACCUUUUUUGCAAGAAUUCAUAGGACGUGCUACGAGUCUUCCUAUUCCCGAGCUCCCGUCUCUCUUCAACACAUUCCCGAAGUUAUGGCCGUUCCCGCGCGGUGAUCUCUACCACUGGAUCAAUGUCCUGGACCGGUUCGACGAGAUUUUGGCCUCGGCGGUCGAGAAAUAUUUCCUGAACACUGGUCCCCAGACCCAGUCGUUCACUCGAAGCGUUCUGGAGGAAUCAUAUUCGGCCGAUGAGAGCAAAAAGCCAGCGGAGGGCGUUGAUGCCAAGUUGAAUGCUCUGGGAUACGGCCCCGAUGGAGACCGGGAGCUUCUAGAAGCAAUUUUAGAAUUCUCGCGUCUUUUGCUCGAGAAAUGUGGUAACCGCAGUCUCUAUAGCAGCAGCGAUCGCCUGGGUGACCUGUUGAACACUACAUCAUUGUCUCUUCUCCAGUCUACAUUGCGCCUCUCUCUCUGCCUGGCCCAAAGAUAUCAUUCCCGUCAGCGUGGCGCUCACCAGCAGUCAGUAUUGCAAUCUCACUAUGCUCUUGACCUUGAAAAGUUGCAGAAGAUUGCCGCACCUUUCCCACGUCCAAUCCUCGCCGGUAAAGCACAGCCCACCGCCUCUCCCGCCAUUUCAGCUAAGGGCAAGGAGAAGGCUGUUCAAACUAAGAUCAAUGCCAAUGAGUUAGUUUCUCUUGUGCGUGACAGUGAGGGCUGGGAGGAAUGGGGUGAUGUUCGAGUUCUCUAUUAUCCUUCUGGAUCAUUUGAACAGACAAGAACGACAUCCGAAUAUGGUCAGACGGAACAUGGCUCACACGUUCCAACUACACCCACUCCGCUGCGACGAAGCGCAACACAUCCCGCUUCUCAAUUGAGCCGCACUGAUGAUUCACCGGCUGCCCCAGCCACAGGUGGGAAGGCAGAUGAGGCAACUCGUGGGGGCAAGGUCUUAGAAAUCUCCUACUCUAAGGUCUCUUCCGCGAAGUUGGAGGAUAUUCUUGCAGCUAACCUCCCUCAUCUUCCCCUUGAGUCAAAAUAUGAGCUGCUUCACAAACUUCGAGUUGCUCAGGCAUUGACAGGCUCCCGUGCCACUCGUGAACAGAUUCUGUCCAUCAAGGCCCUCGCAGUGACUAACCUGGCCCAUGUUCAGCCGGAGAGCUCUUUCCAGCAAAAAGUUCUUCAAUAUGACAUGGAGCAACCGAAACGCCUUCAGCUUGCUUACCAGCUGGCCGAAUUGGUUCAUCUCGGUGCCAGUGGUGACCUCGAGGUCUCGCGACUUGUCCAGACUUUAGCAAUCCAGGCACUGGACUCAUUGGCGAAGCACAAGUCUCGCGCCGUCGACGUUUGUGCAGCUUUGAGUGUCAAUGUCAACCACGGAGUCCUCAUGUUCUUGACCCGGAAAAUGGUCAACGAACUCAGCGAAGAAGGGGAGGAUACGGAUGCUGCAUACUAUGAUGAGUGGCGUGAUGCUUUGCUUGCACUCCUGCGCACCCUUCCAAGCUCAAGUACACGUACACCAGACACUCUGGUUGCAGCUGGUCUGAUCCCUAUGUUUGUUGACAUUCUGAAUUUGCGCAACGAGAAAUCGCGCCGUGUGUAUUCCCGCAUCAUGGAGUUCCUUGAUACCUUUGUGCAUGCGGUCCGGGAUGCCCUGGGAACAUUGACAACCGCCAAAGGCUUUGACGCAAUGUCUGACCUGAUUGACUACGAAACCAAAACCGCUUUCGAAAAGGUCAACCGCGGGGAGGGUUUUCCUGCUCAAUACAAGAACCCAUCGGUUGAUUAUCAAAUUCCCUACUUCCAACAGCAGACCCUUCGCUGGAUGUUCCGUUUCGUCAACCACAUCAUGCAGCACAAUGGUGGCGGCUUCGAUCGUGUGUUACGCAACUUGAUUGACUCUCCCCAAUUGCUGACUUCUCUCCGCCUUGUGUUCGAGAAUGCUCGUGUGUUCGGUUCGCAUGUAUGGAGUACCGCCGUCAACAUUCUCAGCAGCUUCAUUCACAAUGAGCCUACUAGCUAUGCCGUCAUCGCCGAGGCUGGUCUCAGCAAGAGUCUUCUCGCUGCUGUUAUGGGCCGUGAACUCCAGGUCGUCGAGAAGCCUCCCGCCGUGGAGUCCGAGGGUCACGCAGCAGAAGGCGAAUCUGCUUCUCAGCCGCCUACCGCUGAAGCUGCCACCCAGUCAGAGGGAAAAAAGAAAGACCGCGAAUAUGCUCUUGUCAGGCCAAAGGGUACUCCUCUUGCCCCUGGCAUCAUGUCCGCAGCCGAUGCUCUUGCUUGUAUCCCCUCUGCAUUUGGAGCUAUCUGCCUGAACUCCUCUGGUCUAGACCUUUUCCAGUCUUCCGAUGCCCUUGAAAGCUUCUUCGAGAUCUUUGAAAACCCCGAUCAUGUCAAAUGCUUGAAGGACGACCCUGAGCUUGUCCGUUCACUAGGCACGACUUUCGAUGAGCUUGUUCGACACCACCCGGCAUUGAAGACCUCUAUCAUGUCUGCGGUACUCGUCAUGGCUGCCCGUGUUAACGUUCUCGGUCGUACCAAGGCCUGGGAGCAGGGAAUGGGAACUAAGCUGUGGACUGAAGAUGCUGUCGGCAACAAGAGCCUUUCCGGAGAUAUCUCUUCGUUGUUCCGGGAAAUCGGCACACCCGCUGACGCGUCAGUCGAUGACCCUACGACCCUAGGUGCUCCUCAGCUCAAUUCUCACGAUCUCCCCAACGGCGCGAAGCUGGUCGUUGGUGAUCUGAGCCAUGUUCUUCCUUCGCCAGGUCCCGAUUUCGAACCUAAAGACAAGGAUGAACAUGGACUUACUGCUACCGACUACUUGUUCCCGGCUACGCGUUUCCUGGGCGCUUUCUUCGAAAACCAGGUUAAUUGUACUGCAUUUAUUCAGGCUGGCGGCGCAGAGUUCCUUCUGGAUCUCGCAACUCUCCAAAGCUUGGCAUUUGAUUUCCACAGUACCAAUGCUAACCAGGAGAUCACUGUUCUUGUUCACAUGCUUGCGGAGACAAAGCCUCACCUUGUGCUUCCGUCUCUCCUUCGCCGCGCCCAGUCCGCAGUGGAGAAUCUUUCGGCCUUCUGGACUGCACCCAGCGGAUCGGGAUUCUUUACGUCGUUGAUUAAACCAGCAGACUCAAAGGACCCAGCCCUGGAACCUACCGCCGCCGCUCAAUCUGGAACAUUCUUUGUCAGACACUUGAAUGCCGUUCUUCUCCUAACCGAUGUCCUUCGUGAGACCUUCGCGUUGCCCUUGUACCAAACCCGACCUGGCCAAUCCACUUCCAUAUUCGGCCAAGUCAACCUCGCGGAUCAAUAUUGCAUUCUCAUCAAUUCGCUGAGCAACCUUCUUGCUUCUUGCGUGUGGGAAGGCAUCUUGCUGGAGAAGAACAUCCCCGAGAAGUGGCUCAAGGCUACGCAGGAGACUGCUGAUAAAUCCUCCUCUGGAAAGGCCAAGACUACUCCUCAGGAGCCUCCAGCAACCCCUGGCGCUGAUUCUCGACCUCAAAGCUCCGGUGCCCCAGAAGCUGGACAAGCUCAACCAGGCCAGGAACCAAAAGAAGACGACACUCCCGUGGACGAAGAAAACGUCAACUUCAAGAAUGCUCGCACACUUCGCUACCUUCUCAGUGCAUUGCCCACCUCGAUUACAGGAUUCUUGCACAACCUCGGACUUGGCCUUAUUGGCAAGCGACGCAUGGACCCUCUUCAGAAACAGAGACAGAAUGGUAGUUUGGUUGCAGAGGCCAUCGCUGAGGGUGUUCUUCGCCAAUUAGAGUUUGAGCCUGCGAACUCCAGUGAUAGCCACAAGCACCGGUUUGCCUAUCUGAUUGUCGUCCUUUCCCACUUCUCCCACCUUCUCUAUGAAAUUCCCACGGAGCGUCCUAGUUCGAACUACUUGACAUCAGUCCUCAUUGCAUUCAAGAAGAACAACGGCCUCAAAGUGUUGAAAGACAUUUGUGACGUGUUCUUGAACGACAUCAAGUCCCUUCCCUCUGCUGAGUCCAUCCCCGACGAGGACAAAGAGCUUGCUAACCGGCUUGCAUCGGGUUAUGGUGGAAUCAAGAUUAUUCUUGGGCUCUUCGCGGACCUGACUACUGGAAAAUACAUUGUGGACUCUAGCCAGACACAAGCCUUGACCAGUCACCCCGAGCGUGACCGUGAUCGCCCCGAAUACUUCCAGCCAGGUCAAUUUCUGGUUGAGCUUCGUAUGGAAAUUCUGCCCAUGGCCCAGGACAUGUGGAACUCGGACUUUGCUACCCAGUCGUCGAGCCCCAUCGUCAGAUUGUUGAUCGAUAUCCUGCGUGCAUCUCUGGAUGGCGAAUACGAAGUGAAUGUUAUGAAAAGGUCAGAUGCGCGGCCUCUUUUGGCAGAGACACCCAAGAAGCCGUUCGUGGUUCACAAAGACCGAGCAGCCGCCCUGGUUGACAAAGGAUUCAAGGAUGUUGAUCUCAACAAAGAAGCCCUCUAUCGUUGCAACAACAUCUUGAAUGCAGCCGAAGAAUAUUGCAGGGCGCAAAGUUGGCUACGAAACCCUCCCAGAGUUCAUCCAAACCCCAACGAUAUUCAAACUGGAUCGCCUGAGAUCGCUUCUGGUGUGGACCCCCUGGAGGAUCCUGGCUUUGGAGAAGUGCCCCAGUCUUUCACCGCUGGCGGCGACCUGUCACGCUCUGCUCUGACCAUGCUUCUGGCUCAAGCGACUGGCGGACCAAUGACCGAUUCGAUGCGCCGGAUUGAUUCCUUGGUGGCUGGAAGAGAUGCGGAUGCUGAGACGCCUGGCCGGCCAGCUGGAAACCUGGGCAGAAUUCUCGACGGCGAUGAUAUGGACGACAGUGAUGAACCAGCCGGAUCAUCGCACCAGAGUGGACCCGAGAGUCGCGCUGCCGGAGGAAGCUCCUUUGAAGGACAACCAGUCCAAACCCGCCAGGUGGUCACCAUCGAAGACCUUGAAGCUGAGAGAGAAAAGAUUAGGUCCAAUCUGAUUGAACGGGCCCUUGACAUUCUGAACGAACAUCAUGACGUCUCUUUCGAAUUGUCUGAUCUGAUCUCGUCAGCCAUUAGGAAGCACCCAGAGCCUGAGAGUUUCCGCCGAGAUAUUGGAGAGACCCUUGUGCAAUCGCUGGUUUCCCUGCAGAUGGAAAACUUCCAGACAGCUGGAAAAAAGAUUGCUGCUUAUGCUCACAUCCUCGCACUGACGCUUCAAGAUCGUGAGAUGUACACUGCAACCCUCGAAGAGCUGAAGGAUUGCUUCUCGACUUUCCUCGGGUUUAUCAAACUCCCAACGCCCGAGAAGGCUGACCAGGAAUCAUUCCCUUGGGUUGGACAUGUUCUCCUUAUCCUCGAAAAGUUGCUGUCUGAUGACUGCCAGCCACCCCAGAUUGCGUGGACCCAACCAGCCAGUGUGGAUGACACCGUUGGUAACGAUGAGCCCGCCCGACUCGAAGAGCCCCUUGUGUCAGCCGACGAGAAGACCCAGCUCUUUGAAGCUCUUGUCGAGAUCCUACCCCGAGUGGGCAAGGAUGACACCCUGGCGCUGUCUAUUUGCCGUGUUCUUGUCAUUCUCACUCGCCAGCGUAGCAUCGCUGCCCGCUUUGGUGAGAAGCGUAAUCUCCAGCGCCUAUUUGUGAUGGUCAAACAGCUUUCAAGUGCUACAAAUGAUAAGCUGCAAAGCGCGUUCAUGCUGAUUCUCCGCCACAUUGUUGAAGACGAAGCUACUAUUCGCCAGAUCAUGCGGAGUGAGAUUGUUGCCAACUUCGAGUCCAAAACCUCUCGCCAGGUUGACACCACUGGAUACGUGCGCCAGAUGUAUCAUCUUGUGCUAAGAGCUCCUGAUAUUUUCGUGGAGGUGACGAAUGAGAAACUGCGGUUGCUACGCUUUGACCCUCACUCUCGCCCGCAAGUUCUUGGACUCAAGGCCGACAAAGAACGUCAAGAUCGCCUGCGUCAAGGAAAGAAACCCGAGGAAAUCAAGUCCGAGUCAUCUGAGACAGGUGAGGCCUUUACGACCGAUGACGCGGAGAAGGACAAGGGUAAGGGCCCAGCCAAGAGUGCAGAGUUGAAGGCCCCAGUCGUGGAGAACCCAGACGGUGUCAUUCAUUACCUGCUGUCCGAGCUUCUGUCCUACAAGGAUGUGGACGACAAGGAGUCUGCCCUUGAAUCCUCGGAGCAGCCCGCUGAUCAGCAGUCUGACACUCAAACUGACGUUGAGAUGGCUGGAGAUGAACCCACUCCAUCGGUUUCUAGCACCGCUGAAGCACAACCCACUCGCGGCUCGAAGAAGGGAGAGAAGCCCCAAUUCAAGGCCGACGAUCACCCGAUUUACAUUUAUCGCUGCUUGCUCCUUCAGUGUCUGACUGAACUGCUCUCCUCCUACAAUCGGACCAAGGUUGAGUUCAUCAACUUCUCCCGCAAGGCCGAUCCUUUGGCUACUACACCUUCCAAGCCACGGUCUGGCAUUCUCAACUACUUGUUGAACGUGCUUGUUCCCCUUGGUACGAUGGAACACGAUGAGACCUUGGCGUUCAAGAAGCGCAGCAUCACAUCUACAUGGACCAUGCAAGUACUUGUUGCUCUUUGCACCAAGACUGGUGAAUUUGGUGGCGUUGGCAGACGUCGCACUGAGCCCAAGUAUGAGGAAGACGAGCCGGAGCUUGCUUUUGUCCGCCGUUUUGUGCUGGAGCAUGCUCUCCGGUCCUACAAGGACGCAAUGGCUUCAAAUGAGCCUCUGGACGCAAAGUACUCCAAGCUUAUGUCUCUUGCCGACCUCUUUGACAAAAUGCUCAGUGGCUACUCUUUCACCAACGAUGCAGGCUUCCCAACCUCAACGAGACAGCUUGCAAAGACCAUGUUCGAGAAACACUUCAUCCCCGCGCUUACUGCUUCAGUUGCCGAUGUCGACUUGAACUUCCCUUCGUCAAAGCGCGUCAUCAAAUACAUUCUUCGCCCAUUGAACAAGCUUACUCAAACUGCCGUUCUCUUGAGCGAGAACUCCGAUAUCUCCUCGUCCCUUGGCGAAACCGAGGACGAUGAGAUCUCUUCGGCAACCUCCGUAUCUGACAUGGAAGAUGAACGUGAGGAAACACCCGAUCUUUUCCGCCACUCUACUCUCGGUAUGCUGGAACCUCGCCACGAGGAAGAGACCAGCAGCGAGGAGUCGGAGGGAGAGGAUGAGGACAUGUACGAAGACGAGUAUGAUGAGGAGAUGGACUACGAUGAAGAAAUGCCUGAAGACGAUGGCGAAGUCGUCAGCGACGAAGAUGACGAUGGCGUUGGUCCAAUUGAAGGUCUCUCUGGCGAUGCAGUUGAAGUCAUUCUCGACGAAGAUGACGAUGACGACGAGGACGACGACGACGAUGAAGACCACGACCACUCGGACAUGGAUGAUGACAUGUACGCGGGUGAAAUCCCCGGUGACCGGGACAAUGAAAGCCUUGAAGACGGAGAGGAGGAUGAAUGGGAGAGCGAGGAAAUGACCGAAGAUGAAGAAGAGGUCGAAAUGAUGAACCAGUACGAAGACGAGAUGGCCGAUAUGAGACAAAAUCGCGGCCACGGCGACGAACAUCGCAUUGGCGACCUCUUCCGUGCCCUUAAUGAGGCUGCUGGAGGCGUUGAUGAUCUCCAUGGAGACGGCCUCGGUGGUGACAUCCACGAAGAAAUCCUCGAUGACCUCGACGAAGAUGGUGCGCCGCCCCUCCCUACUGCAGCCCCCCCUACUGCCCUCUCUACCGCAGUCAUCCCUACCCUACGCCGGCUUUCAACGCUGUUGCUGACCACCCAUCUAGUUGAGGAUGAAGACGAAAUGGACGAACUUGAAGAGGAUAUCGAUGGCUUCGACGGCGAGGAAGGAUCCUACGGUGAUAUGGAAGACGACGAUCUUCUUGAGCCGUGGGGAUGGGAAGGCGAUGAGCCUCCAAUGCCUCGCGCAGGACAUCACCACAACCGCUUCCGUGGUGGCGCGCCCCCAGCCUGGGCUGCUGUUACCGAAAUCAUGCCCGGCCGCGGCUCGGGUCUUGUCCCUAUUCAGCCUUAUCAGCGUGUCCACAGAACCCAGAUUCCCUCCCGCGGAGACAAUGACGGAACUAACCCCUUACUUGUUCGGACUGAUCGUCCAGAGACCGCCGUUCCAUCUCGUGGAGCCAAUACUGACCCCUUUGCUGAUUGGGGUCAGUCCAUGGACCCAGCUGGUGGCCGAGUUGUUGCAAUGGACAGCCCCAUCAGCUUCAUGAACGCCAUCAUGCAGGCCAUUGGCGGACAGGCUGCCCCAGGUUUCGGUGUGGUUACUCGUCCAGACGGUAUCCAUGUCCAUGUCGACAGACGCGCAGUUUUACCCGGCCGCAUCCAGGAUAUGCUUGGAAUUCCUCGCGGAUCGGGCCCUCCGGCUCGCACUCGUGGCGAUGAUCCUCACACUGCUGUCAAGUUUGGUCUGGGUACCACCCGAACCCGCUGGCAAGAGGAGGCUCGCAUUCUCUUCAACAGCCAGUAUGUUGAGAGAUGCCAGCGUAUCGUCAACUCCAUUAUGAAGGCCCUCGUUCCUACUUCAAUGGCAGAGGAAAAGAUCCGCACGAAGCAGGUGGAAGAGGAGCGCAGGCGCAUUCUGGACGAACGCGCCGAGCAAGAACGCCAAGAUCGCGAGGCCAAGCGAAAGUUGCAGGAAGAAAAUGCUCGGCUCGAAGCUGAAAGGCAACAACAGGAGGCUGAGCGUCAAGCCGAACGCCAAGCCGCUGCGGUCGAUGAGCCCAUGGAGGAUGUUCAACCAACCGAACCCCCUGCUGAAGCCACCUCAUCUGCUCAGCCUGAAGCUCAGCCUGAAGCUCAACCCGAAGCCCAGCCGGCCGAGCCUGCCCCUCGGGUCCACACAAACAUUAGAGGCCGUCAGCUCGAUAUCACCGGUCUCGAGAUUGACCCUGAAUAUCUGGAGGCUCUGCCCGAGGAACUCCGCGAGGAGGUUAUCAUGCAGCAACUUGCCGAACAGCGAUCCCAAGCUGCCGCUGCUGGCGAGGAGCCUACUGAGAUCAAUCAAGAAUUCCUGGAAGCAUUGCCUGCGGAGAUUCGUGAGGAACUUUUGCAACAAGAAGCGGCCGAUCGACGCCGGCGCGAACGUGAUGCUGCCCGUCGACAGGCGCAGAGUGCCGCUGGCGCUGGUGCAGCUGCUCCUCCUGCUCACGCCGAAGAUAUGGAUGCUGCCAGUUUCCUCGCUACCCUCGAUCCUUCGUUGCGACAGGCUGUCCUUGCGGAUCAACCAGAGGAUGUUCUCGCAACUCUGGGGCCCGAGUACUUGACCGAGGCCCGCGCUAUGGGUGGUGGUAGCCGACGCAUGGCUCAGUUCGGUGACAUGAGCGCCGUCGACCGGCAGAGAAAUGAAUCUUCUGAAGACCAGGAGCCAAAGAAACAACAGAGACGUCAAAUUGUUCAAAUGCUUGACAAGGCUGGUAUUGCAACCCUUCUUCGACUGAUGUUUAUGCCUCUCCAUGGUAACGCUCGCCAUCAAUUAAACGACAUUCUUCACAACGUGUGUGAGAACCGCCAGAACCGCAGUGAGGUGAUCAGCCUUCUUCUGUCGGUUUUACAGGAUGGCAGCGUUGAUUCUACCGCCAUUGAGCGCAGCUUCUCUCACCUGUCACUGCGUGCAAAGGCACCAGGAGCACAAAAGACGCCCCAGGCUGUCAAGCGAAACAUGGCUAUUCAGACUUCUUCCAGUGUUAGCAGCGACGUGACCCCGAUCAUGGUCAUCCAACAAUGCUUAGGGACACUCUCGUUCCUGUCGCAGUUCAACCCUCACAUUGCUUGGUUCUUCUUGACCGAGCAUGACUCUGCCUCAUCCGCUAAGCUGAAGGCAAUCCGCAAGGGCAAGGGCAAGGAAAACCGAGCUAACAAGUUCGCCCUGAAUGCUCUGCUUUCUCUCUUGGACCGGAAGUUGAUCAUGGAAAGCCCCAACUGCAUGGAGCAACUGUCAAGUCUCCUUAGCAGCAUCACUCAGCCGCUGACUGUUCUCCUUCGCCGCGAGAAGGAGCGUCAGGAAGAGAAGGGCAAGAAGCCCGAGGACGCGCCAGUCGAAGGAUCUAUCGAAGAGCCUGCCCAAGCCGGCGAUUCUGGCAUGGAUACGUCUAUGACCGAUGCUCCUCUGCCCACCGUCGAGACCACUGAGAUCACUGGCCAAGAAGCCACAGAGGGCGGAGAGGACGAAGAUAAGAAGCCCGAGGAGUCGAAGGAGCCCGCCGAGGAUGAGAAGCGCAAGAAGCGUUCCAUUGAGCCUCCUGUCGUCCCUGACCACAACUUCCGUCUGGUUGUUCACAUUCUUGCUGCUCGUGAAUGCAAUGGCAAGACGUUCCGCGAUACUCUUUCCACCAUCAACAACCUUAGCGCUGUUCCCGGAGCUCGUGACGUGAUCGGCAGUGAGCUGGUCGCUCAAGCACAGGCCCUCAGUGAUACCAUUUUGGGUGACCUCGAAGACCUCCUUCCUCAUAUCCAUCAGGCCAAGACUGGCACUGAUAUGCAAGGUCUGGCCCUGGCCAAGUUCUCGCCCGCUAGUUCAGACCAGGCUAAGCUUUUGCGUAUCCUGACGGCUCUCGACUACCUGUUUGAUCCUACCCGAGUAGACAAGUCCAAGGGCAGUGAGCCCGAGUCUGCUCCUAAGGAGGAUGUGCUCAAGAGACUUUAUGAGAGCGCGACCUUCGGACCCCUGUGGACCAAGCUCAGCGACUGCUUGACUGUCAUCCGCCAAAAGGAGAACAUGCUGAACGUGGCUACUAUUCUCCUGCCUCUUAUCGAGGCACUGAUGGUUGUCUGCAAGAACACUACUUUGAAGGACCAGCCCCUGUCUCGCGGUAGCCGCGAACUGUCCGUGAACAGCGCCCCGGCUGACAAUGGUCUCAGCAUGGAGAACCUCUUCUUCAAGUUCACAGAGGAGCAUCGCAAGAUCCUCAAUGAGCUUGUCCGCCAGAAUCCUCGUCUGAUGAGCGGCACAUUCUCCCUCUUGGUGAAGAACCCCAAGGUCCUGGAAUUCGAUAACAAGCGCAACUACUUCACCCGCCGUGUCCACUCCCGUGGCGCCGAGCCGCGCCACCCUCAUCCCCCUCUCCAGCUUUCCGUGCGAAGAGACCAAGUCUUCCUUGACUCGUUCAAGUCCUUGUACUUUAAGAGCGCGGAUGAGUUGAAGUAUGGCAAAUUGAAUGUACGAUUCCACGGCGAGGAAGGUGUCGAUGCUGGUGGUGUGACCAGAGAAUGGUUCCAGGUUCUUGCCCGUGGCAUGUUCAACCCUAACUACGCCUUGUUCAUUCCUGUUGCGUCCGACCGAACCACUUUCCACCCCAACCGUCUCAGUGGUGUCAACUCAGAGCAUCUCAUGUUCUUCAAGUUCAUUGGACGCAUUAUUGGUAAGGCUUUGUACGAAGGCCGUGUUCUUGACUGUCACUUCAGUCGAGCGGUCUAUAAGAAUAUUCUCUCCCGAUCUGUGUCUAUCAAGGACAUGGAGACGCUCGACUUGGACUACUAUAAGUCUCUCCUCUGGAUGCUGGAGAAUGACAUAACCGAUAUCAUCACCGAGACCUUCGCCAUUGAAACCGAUGACUUUGGCGAGAAGCAAGUUAUCGAUCUGAUUCCAGGUGGCCGCGAUAUCCCCGUCACCCAGGAGAACAAGGAGCAGUACGUCCAGCGCGUGGUUGAAUACCGCCUGGUGGAGUCUGUCCGAGAGCAAUUGGACAACUUCCUUAAGGGCUUCCACGAGAUUAUUCCUCGAGACCUGAUCUCCAUCUUCAAUGAACAGGAGCUGGAACUUCUGAUUUCCGGUCUUCCUGAGAUCGACGUUGACGAGUGGAAGAACAACACCGAGUACCACAAUUACUCCGCCUCGUCCUCGCAGAUCCAGUGGUUCUGGCGUGCCGUUCGCUCGUUCGACAAAGAAGAGCGUGCCAAACUUCUACAAUUCGUCACUGGAACCAGUAAGGUUCCCCUCAAUGGUUUCAAGGAGCUUGAGGGUAUGAACGGCGUGAGCAAGUUCAACAUCCACCGCGACUAUGGCAACAAGGAUCGCCUUCCCAGCUCGCACACAUGCUUCAACCAGCUUGAUCUUCCUGAAUAUGAAAGUUAUGAGGAUCUCCGCCAACGUCUCUACACGGCUAUGACUGCCGGAAGCGAGUACUUCGGAUUUGCAUAG